AUGUUCGUAAAGCCUUUGAGAUGGUCGUGGGAAAAGGCGCUUUACUCGGCAGCUUCACUCUUUAAUCCACCAGUAGCACCUAGACUAGAAGAGAAGCCUAGUGGCGACUGUGCCCAUGCAAAGCCCCUGAGGCAAAAGCCCAGCUCAGCCCAGCAAGCUGCGCCAAAGUCUCUUGAGCCUCAUCCGGAUGUCUGGACGGGAUGA